CAGCCUUCGUAGCGCAUUCAUAUCCUAAUACCCUAAUACACAGCUCUACCUCCGCCCAAAUCAAUAGACGCGAUGGCUGUCUCUACCGACUCACCCGCCUCACCCGCGCACGACACCCCACCGCUCUGGUCGCGUUUCAAAGCCCGCCUGCGCGCCUCAUCAAAGUCCAAAUCAACUACAAACCCUCAAUUCGACACCAGGCCACCCCUUCUCCCGAGUCUGUUGCCCCUAGUCCGCGACGAACACGCCCCCAACCUCCCCUUCCAAGGCUGGACUACUGUCACCUUCCCCCCGCCUUCCCCAGCCCUGCCCACUCCGCACCCCCUCCAACGUGCUUCCGAAGAACUCUUCGAAGCCUCGCGCGCUUUUUUCGCCCUCCCGUUCUCCGAGAAGGAAGUUUGGAAGACGAAGCUUGGCUCCGAAGAAGGCUGGUCGCGGAUCGAGGGGGAGAAGGAGUUCAUCACGCUGCGCACUGUGGAGGGGACGCCGGAGGUGCUGAAGGCGGCGGCGCGGGCGUACUGGAAUGCGGCAGGGGGGCUGCUGGAUCAGAGCUUGGGAAGGAUUGGGGAGAGUUUGGGGCUGCAGGGGGCGGCGGCGGAGGAGGGCGGGCUGAGGCGGUAUGUGGGGCCGUGUAAGAAGUUUCAGGAGAGGGAUGGGGAGAAGACGGCGACGAUGUUGAGGCUAUUUAGGUAUGAGGGGGAUGAGAGGAAGGUGGUUGCUGAGCCGCACAGCGACCUCGGCCUUCUCAGCCUCGUCAUUGGCGAUACGCCGGGCCUAGAAGUCUGGGACAUCCACACGCAAUGCUUCUUUCCAGUCGAGAAGACAUACGACAGGCCCGCCGCGUCUCUCCUAGUUGGGCGACAGCUCGAACGGCUCUCCAAUUAUCGAUAUCGUGCCGGCGGGCACCAAGUCAAGGCUUACGGUCGUACCGAAGCUCAAGCUUCUACUUCGCCGUCACGUCAACCUUUGCCGAAUUACCGGUACUCCAUCGUGUUUGUGCUCCGUGCCCACGAAUCAGUCAUUGUGGAUACGGACAUGCUGACGACGCAAAUCACCGGCAAGUUCGAGAAGCCAAUCAAGGAAGUAACGGCGGGCAGAUUUUAUGAGCAGAUUAGGAACGCGCAUUUCAAUAUCAACAUCAACGUCGAAGAGCGCGAGGAGCAGAGGAAGAGGGUAGCGGCCAAGAAGGCUGCAGAGGGAGUCAACGGGAGUGGUUAAAGGAACUUUGGACCCAUAGACUUGUGUGAUUUGCAGCGUUGGCGUUAUUGGGGUGCUGUAUAUCCCUGGAUUCGUUCAUGCUUUUGGAGUUGAUUCCGUUACAAAGUUGGUGCUCAUUGGUCACGCAGUCGCUGGGAGCCAAGUCAAGGUAAUUCCACGAUGCCGCGAGAACUAUGCAUAAAUAUAUGUCUAUUUUAAACACUCUUACCUC